GAAUUCAUGACUUAAAAAAAUGAAGUACUAGUAUCUGGAAAAUUCAUGAUUUUCCCAGUUGAAAGGAUCAAGUCAUUACCAUAUGUCUUCACAAGAACUAAAAACAGAGGUAUGCUUGACUUGCUGGCUCUAUGGACAGUUCAUAUUUUUCCAGAAACAGCCAAGGUACAUGUAUCAGCACUGAAGAUCUUAUAUUAAGCUCAGGAAAUGUUAUGAACAAUGAUAAAGUGCACGGGUUAUUAAUUAUGUGCCUUGUUUACAUGGCAAGUUCUUCGUGACUGGAAAAUGCAGCAACAUUGACUCCAUUUUAAGUGUCUGGGGUUGCUUUAGGCAAGAAUCAAAAUGGUAGCCGACAUGCUUAAGUAUGUGUCGAUGUUGGAUUUGCCAACAUACGAUCCACAGGAACUUGAUUUCGAUAGAAAUGCAGUGGCAGUAAGCAAGUCUGCUGGGGGCUUAGACGAAAUGCACAGAUCAGAGCAAAAUGUUCGCAGAAAAGUUGUUAAUAGACACUUCUGUCGCUGUCAUAAACCAUUGAACCUGGCAUCGAAGUUGCCAAAUAAUACUCAUGUCUUGAAGAAUGGAGGGCCUGCUGAAAAACUGCUUGUAGCAGAUUUAAGAGAUAAAGAUGAUGAGGAGAAGUCAGCAUGGCCCUUUUCCAUCAACAUGUUCACUUCCAAAAAGAGGGGAAAACAGAAAGAAGAUAAAAAACUGCCAAAAUCAGUCAGGCAUUUUUACAAAGCUCAGGAUGAGCUGAUCGUGGAGUUUGAGGAUACUCAGCAUCUCGAUGUAGAUCUGCAGACGGAGGAGACAGCAAAAAAAGAACGGAGUAAAGCCAGCCUUGUAGCUAAGAUUACCUUGGGCAUAAAUAUAUUACUGAUGAUCGCUAAGGCAGUGGCGGCAGGAUUGUCUGGUUCACUAUCAGUCAUCUCCAGCCUGGUGGACAGCGUGGUGGACCUGCUGUCUGGACUGGUCAUUUGGUGGAGCAGCAGAGCCAUGAAGAAGAGAGACCCCUAUGUUUAUCCACAAGGACGCACAAAACUCGAGCCAGUAGCCAUCGUCAUCCUCUCCGUCAUCAUGUCUCUGGCUUCCGCUCAGCUGAUUGUAGAAUCCAUAGAGAUCAUUGUCAGCCUUGCUCAGGGAAAUCCAAGAACAGUUAACAUGGAUAUAUCAACUAUUGUCAUCAUCUGUAGCACCAUUGUCAUCAAGUUCAUAUUAUUCAUAUUCUGUCGGCGCAUGAAGAAUCCCAGCAUCCAAGCCCUGGCUCAGGACCAUCGCAAUGAUGUCCUCUCUAAUCUGGUCGCAUUAGGCAUGGGGCUUAUAGGCGACAAGUUGUGGCCGUAUGCCGACCCCAUUGGCGCCAUCUUGAUCAGUUUGUACAUCGCCUUUAGUUGGUGGCAGAUGGGAUACGAGCAAAUCAAACUUCUCACGGGCUACACCGCAAAUCCAAAGUUCCUACAGAAGUUAACAUGGAUUGGAUUAAACCACAGCGAAAAGAUACAACAGAUCGACACUGUCCGUGCAUUCCAUUUUGGUAACAAUUACAUCGUAGAAGUCGAUAUUGUUCUUCCCGAGACUAUGACCUUGAAAGAAGCGCAUGACAUAGGUGAACCAUUACAGCAGAAACUGGAGCGUCUUCCAGAGGUGGAACGAGCAUUUGUGCAUCUUGAUUACGAGUUUGAGCAUCGCCCGUCAGACGAGCACAAAGUAGUGUAAAGAACAUUGCAUUUUCUAUUUAGUAACAUAUUUCCCCUUUUUUAAACAAAAGGAUGCCAUUACCCAUCAUUGCACAUUUCAAACAUCCACAGUCAGUUGAUCUUUAGAAGAAGGUGAAUAAAAUAAUUGAUUUUUGUAAUUAUCUUUUGUAGAAAUCCAUUUAUAGAAAAGCAAAACAAUUCAUAAUUGUUACUUUCUUUUUUUUUCUGAAAGUUACCUGUGAUGCAGUACAAAAAAAUCAAUAAUAUUAGAUCAAAAUAUAUAUUUUACUAUAUACUUGAUAAAAAAUACUGCUUAUUAUUUUAGUACUAUAAUCUAGUAUUAAGAUUAUUUAAAGGGAGAAUAUUGUAGAAAUUGGGUUUGGUUGUUGCAGGUGAGGGUACACCAGGCCAAAAAACCCUCAUUUAGCUUCCGAGGUACCCCUUUUCAGGGAUUCUGGAAUUGAAAAUAUUGUUAAAGUGGAUAUGAUGUGACAACAUUUUCAUGACAAAGGAAUCCUCAUUUAGAGUGCCUAAGGGAAAUCCAAAGCCCUGUAUGAUUGUUUUUCCCUAAGUGUUCAAAGUCUGAUAUAGUUUUUUUCUUAUUUUGGUUUUUUAUCACUUUAAGGUCAUGUGUUUGUCCACAUAAGGUUGUGACCUUGAACUAGGUAAACUUAGGUGCAAAUAUAACAACAGUUACUACAUUUUUGUUGAUUGUUAAUGCUGCAGGUGGGAAGCAGUAUUACAAAAGAGAGACUUGUACCAAAAAAAGGGAAAUUUGUCUUUGAUAAUUUUCCAUUGUGUUACUCAAGGUCAACAAGGUCAUUGCAAAGGCAGUCUUCUCAAAACGACUAUGUAGAGUAUACUCAGUGGAUACUGAAUUUACUUUUAUUUAAUUGUCCCUGAAACCUGUUUGUAAAGAUAUGAUA